AUGGUAAAAAUAAGAAAAUUCCAAUUAAUUAAUUCAACUAGUAAUGUUAAAGCUGAAGAAGAAAGAAAAUUAUUUCUUAAAGUGCGCGAACUCCAAAUUUUUGCUCAAGAAGCUGCAACCAGAAAGGCACUUGAUGAAGCUGAAGCAUUGGAAUUAGUUAAUUUAGAAAAAAAAAAUUGCAAGGCCACUCCAAUUUAA